AUGACGAAUACACCAUACUUAGUUUCACAUUUUAUGAUCACUGGAGCUGAACAAUGCUUGGAUGAUUAUCAUUACAUACGAAGCAAGAUCGAUGUUAUACAUGGGCAGGAAGAGCAGUUGAGUCGUAUUUUACGUAUGUUAGAUCAAGAUGAUGUUAUUCUUAAUGGACAUCUUGCUGCAACGUCGCUUGGACGGCCAAGAUCGAAUUCACGUUCAUAUGAUUUUAAUCGAACAUGUUUACCAGGCAAUAUUGCUUAUCUACGUCUUCGCGAACGAGAACAAGAAGAUUUGAAGCGGCGCUCGUUGUCAUCAUCAACAUAUGUAAGUCGUCGUCCUUACGAACGUCGACGACGCAUAAGUGAACAAGGUAAUGACUUUCUUAUGUCGAAGUGCGCUACUCGACAAACUUUAAGAAAAACAGGUCUUGAUUCAUUCUUGUUGAAUUCGGAAACACGACGUCGAGUAGAUGACGAUCAGACUAGUGACUCUCUCAUGUCGAGAUCCGCUCUUGCUCGACAACGUACAAAAGAGCAAAAUACCGACUCGCGGUUGUCAACUUCUGCUGCACAAAGAUCCAUCAUUGAACAAGAGUAUGAUUCCCUCAGGUCGAAAUACGCCACUCGACAACGACCUAGUGGGCAAGACGGUGACGCAUCACUGUCAAAUGCUGCCAUUCAACAACAAGCGAAUGAGCGAGCCAAUGACUCGUUCAAGUCAGAAUCUGCAAGCCGAAAACGAAAAGAUGAACGAAAUGUUGACUCUUUUUCGUCAGAUCUCGCUAGUCAGCAACAGGCCAUCAACGAAGGCGCGAAUUCUGUGUUAUCAAAUACUGACGCACAGAAACAAAUCGACAAAAAGGGAAAGGAUCUUUCGGCUACAAAAUAUGCUAGUGAGCAACAGAAAGAGAUAGAGCGUACUGAUCUAUCGUCGUCAAAUACUGCAGCGCAGAAAAAAACUGAUAAGAAAGAAAAGGAUCUUUCGUCAGCAAAUUCUGCCCAUGACCAGCAAAAAGAACGAGAAAGUUCCGAUCUUUCUUCGUCGAAUGCAAUAAAACAGAAGCAAACUAGUAACCAGACAAAAAAUCUUUCGUCAGCAAAAUCCGACACUCAAACAGAUCAAGAUGGCCAGAUAGCUGAACUUUUACCGUCCAGUUCAACAGACCAAAAACAGAAACAGGCUUCAACUGAAGAAAAAUCUUCGAAGGAGAAACCAGUCGUCCAAGACGAAAAACAAGAACAAUCGAAAAAAGAUGCCGAGGUAAAAAACCGAAAAGCAAAAGCAUCGAAUGUUGAAGCCGAGGAAUCUAACGCGGAUGACGAAUACUUUCUAUCUCAAGCCUACGAUCUGUUAUCGUUCGUUGCUCAUUACGAAGAAUCCUCAUCAGAUGAUCAAAGUCAGGAAAAUCAAGAUUCUCUUGGUUAUCUCGUAUGUGAAUGGACAACACCGAAAUUACCUUCGUCAUCAACUCCGAUCGCGUCAGCAGCAGCAGCUAUAGAUCAUUUUACGAUCGAACGUCAAUUUGGCGGCCAAAACUGGUUACCCUUAGGAGAGAAAAUCGAUACAGCACAAAACAAAAUUGAAUUAGGUCUCUCCUCAUUACUUGAUGAGCAAAUACAGGAAAAUAUCCCAUCAAGUUAUCGCUUAAAGGCACAUUUUAAGAGUGGAAAAACAUGGACAAGUAAGCCAACUAAUGAAAUCAACGUGGAUUCUUUAGCUAGUGGCCGUUUUAUAAAACCUGAUGUCGAAAUUCUCUCGCCGAACUCCGUUCAAUUAACUUGGCAACCUACCGGUGAUGAAAAGACAACGAAAUAUCAUAUUGAAAAGAAGGAAUCUCAUCAAAAGCAAUGGACAAAAGUUUCGACAGUCUCCCUAUUACAAGACGUUGCUCAAAUCGACGAUCUAACCGAUGCUGAACAAUGUGAAUUUCGUCUAGUACCAUCAAAAUUAGACGAAAAUGAAUCCGAGCUCUUGACUGUACAGAAUGUCAACGAAUGGCUCCGUUCAUUACAUAUUGAACCAAUAUCGGCUAACAUUGUCGAUAUCGAUAUAUCCGAAGAAGGUUUUAAACAAUUUGAUCAAUAUAAAGUGGAAUACGCAGCGAUGGACCAACCAGACCAAUGGAACCAAGUUUCGAACAUCACUCGCGAUGCUGCUCAUCUAACAAUAGAAAAACUAAGAGCUGGUGUUGAUUAUAAAUUUCGCUUAACACCAAUUCUACGCGGUUCAGCAACAGCAAAGAAAGACGCCAUCUCCUCUCAGCUAUCCCUCGUGCUCGAUGUUAAAAUGCCGUUGACACGCAAAGGACGAUUAAUGAAAAACGAAAUCAAGUCCAGCGAACCUCCCACCCAAUUUGCUAUUCAUCAAACGGAUCCGAAAACUGUUUUCAUCGAAGCAAUUCUCCCAUCGAACAAACCAGCUCUAUUCGAAGAUAUUUUCGAUGUUUAUUCCAAGAAAGAUACUGCUAAUGACGACUGGGUUAAAGUCGGAACAAUCGAUAAAGACCAUCUCAAUAUGACAAUCAAGAAUCUUCCGGAAAACACAGCCUACACCUUUAAAAUCCACAAUCAAUCAGCGCCAUCCUCAGAUGAACAAAGCAAUAUCGUACAAGAAUUCAAUUUCGAGACGGCAUCAGUAAAACUCUAUGAUCCAUCGCUCUUUUUGGAAAAGGUCGAAAAAACUCUCGAGAGCGUCGUUAGCGGUGUAAUGCAAGCAGCUGCUGGUCAUCAACCGCUCGACGAUCCGUUGAAUAUAAGUUUGAACGAUGUGAUUCAAAAGCUUUUCAAAGAGGAAGAUCUCGUUCCCAAUGAACAAUACGGUUUCGAUACCUUAGCACUAAGCGAAGAUCUACAAUUAUUUCACGGUCCAAAACAAAUGAUGUUACAACAAUUAACAAUCGACGAAACUAGCGAAUCAUCCAAACAUGAUGGAGAAAUUAUCAUUCAUAAUUAUCGCAAAGCCGAACAUGAACUACAACCGGUGACUGUUCGCGAGGAACAUGGCAAUACACGUAUUGGCAAUAUCGAUGGUGAUGUUAUCAUUCGAAAUGUAGUAACAGAUGUUUUGUUAACCAAUGAUCAGAAACGAAAUCAAUUGUCGAUGAACAUCGUCGGUCAAGCUUUCUUGAAGCGCGUUCAAGGAACAUUAACUGCAUCGAAAUUCAAAGGAAUUAUUGUUGUGAAAAAUGUGGAUAGACCAUAA